AUGGCGCUCCAAUUCGGGCUUAAGAAGUUUUCGACCGCAGCCAUGGCGGCGGUGGUUGGGGGUAGUGCCGGCGUUGGACUGAGCUACCGAGUCGCUUACGCGGAGCAGGGAAAGGAAGCGCCUGAGGCGGAGAAGCCGUCAAACCCCUUUCCCAGGACGUCGGCAGCCGGUUUUGAUCCAGAGGCACUUGAGAGGGGGGCCAAGGUGCUGCGGGAGAUUAACUCGUCAAAGUAUGCGAAACAGGUCAUUGACAUCACACGGAAGCAGGAGGAGACGCGGCAAGCGGAGGAGAAGACGAAGCAAGAAGGGUACCGUGCGCAGCAGGCGCAGGCGGACAUUGAGCGGCAGCGCGUCGCGUUUGAGGAGCAGCGCAAGUUGAACGCGCAAGCGGCGCAGAACAAGGCGCAGAUGCUGCGCUACGAGGACGAGCUCGCGCGCAAGCGCAUGGCUGCGGAGCACGAGGCGCAGCGGCAGCGCAAUCAGGAGCUUGUCAAG